GAAAAUAUGGUGUAGGGUUUAUGGAGUAUACGCUUUCGUCUCCCCUUUGCUUCACUGCUUUCAAACCCUUCUCCAAGCGAAGCGACGCAACUCUCUCUCUAUCUCUCUUGAAACUCAUCUCUUUCUACGGCCUCUGAUCGAUCGAGCCGUAGAAGAAAUGCUCGAGGUUUACCGGACCAGCUCCAUUGACUGGAAGCCGUCUCCCGUCGUAGCCCUAGCCACCAGCGCCGACGACUCUCAAGUCGCCGCCGCUCGCGACGACGGCUCUCUCGAGAUUUGGCUCGUCUCUCCCGGCUCCGUCGGCUGGCACUGCCAACUGACAAUACAUGGAAACAGCAAUUCUAGGGUUUCUUCUCUUGUUUGGUGUCGCUCCGGUUCGACUGGUUUGCCUUCUGGUCGGUUGUUUUCGUCUAGCAUUGAUGGGUCGGUUUCAGAAUGGGAUCUUUUUGAUUUGAAACAGAAGAUUGUGCUAGAUACAAUUGGUGUCUCGAUUUGGCAAAUGGCUGCAGCAACCAAUAUUAGUUCAGCCCUUCGUAUGAAGGAUGAGCCCUUGCAUAUUGAAAAUGGGCAUGAUAAUGAUGAACUUGAUGAUGAUGAGCAUGAAAUAAGUGAGAGUGAAGAUGAUAAAAACUUGGUUGAGCUUUAUGAACAACCAAUCAUUGAAAAAUCGCGUGUAGCACUUGCCUGUGAUGACGGUUGUGUGCGAAUAUAUAGUAUCUUCGACUUAGAAAAGUUGACUUAUGUAAAGUCGUUGACAAGGGUUAGUGGGCGUGUUCUAAGUGUGACCUGGAGUCCUGAUGGAAAUUUGAUAUAUUCGGGAAGUAGUGAUGGGUUCAUCAGAUGCUGGGAUGCUAAACUGGCUCAUGAGAUCUAUAGGAUAACAGUUGGGCUUGGAGGUUCGGGCAGUGGACCCGAUCUUUGCAUAUGGUCAUUACUUGCACUGAGGUGUGGGACACUUGUUAGUGGAGAUAGUAUGGGUAGUGUUCAGUUUUGGGAUGGUCAGCUUGGAACCCUUUUGCAGUCUCAUUCUUGUCACAAGGGUGACGUCAAUACUCUGGCAGCAGCUCCUAGCCAUAACAGGGUAUUCUCUGCUGGUUCUGAUGGUCAGGUUAUUCUUUAUAAGCUCUCUAAUGACACAGUUGGGUCUGGUGAUGACAAUUCCUCUGCAAAAGUGAUGAAGAGAUGGAUCUAUGUUGGUUAUGUUAGGGCUCAUACGCAUGAUGUGAGGGCCUUAACAGUUGCAGUGCCAAUUAGUCGAGAAGAUCUGUUGCCUGACGAAAAGGUAAAAAGGGUUCGUGGUAUGGAGAAGCCCAUUGAUUUCAGUUACCAUAAAUGGGCCCAUCUGGGAGUUCCUAUGCUUAUCUCAGCUGGUGAUGACACUAAGCUCUUUGCUUAUUCUGCCAAGGAGUUUUCCAAGUUCUCUCCACAUGAUAUCUGCCCUGCACCACAGAGAGUUCCCAGUCAACUGGUGCUGAAUACCGUCUUUGAUCAAACACCUUUGCUUCUAGUACAGGCUUCAUAUUGGUUAGAUAUUUUGUGUGUUCGUGUCAAAAGCAGUGCCAUUCCUGGUAUGGGUUCUGGUUCUUCUGGUGGCCUUGCGACAACGAAUUUGCUAGCCCGGGUAAAGAGUAAGGCAUCUCGAAAGAUCAUUUGCAGCACCAUUUCUACUUCAGGAAAGCUUUUUGCUUAUUCUGACCAUGUGAAACCCAGCCUGUUCGAAUUAAAAAGGUCUGGAGUUGGAAAAAGUGCGUGGACUGUAAAUAAAAGGAAACUUCCUUCGAAUCUACCAUUCGCGCAUUCUAUGGUUUUCAGCUUUGAUUCUUCUCGGUUGAUGAUAGCUGGACAUGAUAGAAGGAUAUAUGUUGUGGAUGUGGGAAGCUCAGAACUAGUUCAUACCUUUACACCGUGCCGUAGGGAGCAUGAUGAGCAAUUGCCACCUAGUGAGCCUCCCAUAACAAAAAUGUUCAUCAGUUCUGAUGGUCAGUGGGUAGCUGCUAUCAACUGCUUUGGAGAUAUUUAUGUAUUUAAUCUAGAGAUACAAAGGCAGCACUGGUUCAUAUCUAGAUUGGAUGGUGCCUCUGUAGCAGCUGGUGGUUUUACUCCCCGGAACAGCAAUGUGCUUAUCAUCUCCACCUCUUCAAACCAAGUUUAUGCAUUCGAUGUUGAAGCCAAACAGUUGGGGGAAUGGUCCAUACGACACACAUUUGUUCUGCCCAGGAGAUACCAAGAAUUUCCUGGGGAAGUUAUUGGGCUUUCAUUUCCACCAUCCUCAAAUUCGUCAUCCGUUAUUAUCUACAGUUCUAGGGCAAUGUGCUUGAUUGACUUUGGGUUACCAGUUGAUCGAGAUGAUGACAAUGACUUGGCAAAUGGUCAUGAUCCGGCGCUGAAGAAGUUGCAGAACUCUCCCAUUAAUGGAAGACUGAAGCGGAAGUAUAAAGGCCACGAAUUGGAUACGAAACACAAUGGUAGAAAGAAUUUUGAAUUUUGUGCUUUCAGGGACCCUGUUUUAUUUGUUGGACAUCUUUCAAAAAAAUCUGUGUUGAUCGUAGACAAACCAUGGAUGGAAGUGGUUAAAACUUUUGAUGCCCCACCUGUUCACAGACAUAUUCAUGGGACAUGACUGCUUGUUGAAGGUGGUUUUCUAACAGCUUAGGUGGAAGAGAGAGAGUUCAAAUGUAGGAGUUGAAGAUCCCCUUUUUACUCAAAUGCCUCAUCCGGAGGGGUCUAAAGCAUGUUGUGUAAUGUAUUCCCUUGAUGGUUUUUGUUACAUUGUGAAAUUAAAUUUUGUUUUAUUUUUCCAAUGGUUCAUUUGUUUCUGUUAUUGAUCAUGUCA